CAGAGAGGGGAGCAGGCAGUGCGGGAUUAUCCUUUGGGCUCUACAAUCAUCCGCUAUAUCUUUUCAUAUUUUUGCGCCGCCGGGACAACAUGGAUCUGACCCAAGAGUCCAUUUUGUCAUUUUUACUAGAGCAUGGAGGCAAAGUAAAGAACUCGGAGCUGCUAAACUAUUUCAGACGAAGCAUCAACUGCAGCGAUCCCGCGGAAAAGCAGCACAAUAGAGAGCUUUUCAAGAAGCUGGUGAACAGCGUCGCUGUGGUCAAACAGAUCGACGAGGUGAAGUUUGUGGUCGUGAAGAAAAGGUACCAGGACUUUAUUAAAGAGGCGGCACAGGAUGUGUCGCUGAAACUGCAGAUGGAUGAGAGCUUCUCCAGCCAAAACACGAGUUUUUCCUGCACAUCUCCAGACCGAGCCGAGCCAGCCAGGACUGACUCAGAUAUAGAAAACAAUAACGUAGGCGACGCCUCAAACUUUAAUCCCAGUUCUAACACCGAUGUAAAACACAUGUCCCUGUGGGAAAUGCAGAAAAAGAGUGUGUUAUCUGGAAACGUGAGUAUCGAGGAUACGACCACUGUUAAGAUCCUGAAUAUCUCCGGAGAUCAGGCGAGCAGAGCGGGGAAAUCUGGAGCUGUGUUCGCUGUCAUAGCUGUGAAAUCUCCAGGGAGAGACUGUGCAGCAGCAGCACUGGACGGAUCACACUCCCGAGUGCAUCAGCAGAUAACUUUAGACAAACCAAUUAAUUCGAGUGCUAAAGUUUCUACACGACCAGCACCAACUUCAAACGCAAACUUUUCCGCUUGCAAGGGUAUAUCCAGAGAAAUCCAAAGUAAGAUGGUCACACACACAGAUGACACACACCCACGAGUUUUACCAGAGUUGAGGCUGCCAAACAAGUCCACAAGACAAGCAGAUGAUGCCAAGUACUCAGAGUCUGUGCCUUUGGAGCGACUGGCUCAUGAAUGGUUGGUGAAGUGUGCAGCUGGGAUGUGGGGACAUAUAUAUGCUUUGCUGCUGCAGGACACUGGCUUAGCCCAGAGGAAAGACUUCAUGUCAGGGUUCACAGCACUUCACUGGGCUGCUAAGGACGGCAGCAGCGAAAUGAUACGCAAACUCAUGGACAUCCCCAAGAAACGUGGCAUCCAUGUAAACGUCAACACCAAAGCACAUGGAGGCUACACGCCUUUGCACAUCGCUGCCAUACAUGGGCACACUGAGGUCAUGGUUCUGCUUGUGCAAAGAUACAGAGCCAAUGUAAACGAAAGAGACAAUGAUGGCAAAAAGGCCUUUUACUACCUGGGCAAAGGUGCUCCGGCUGAGGUCAGAGCACUUCUGGGUAUGAAGCAGAAUUUGAAAGCAGAAGAUAUAGAGAAGUACAGAGAGCAGACAAAAGGCUUCAACACAAUCAGUAAACUGUUUCAGCCUCAUGGGAAGAAACAAAAGACUAAGUUUGCUCAUGACUGGUAAGAAGUAUCACAAAACAAGCUGUGACAUGAACUAUUAAACCUGAAGGAGAUAACACUGUUUAUACUUUACACCUUAUUAAGGCUUUACAUAUCUUAUAGUCUUUCACUGAAUUACAGAGGAGAACUUACUGUAUUUUG